GAACAGUUGUAUUCUGACCGUUGACGAGAUAAGACGGCACAGAAGAAAACAGUCUGCUGUGUAUAACUAUUUUUGAAGCAGAAUGUUGACUGAUUGGGCUGGAAAAUGGAGAUCCUUCAUGUCAGUCUUGAUCAUUUUUAUUGUCACUGUUGAAAUAUCUUUCGCAGCAGUUUCACCGAUUGUGCAAAUUAAAAAUGGUACUUUGGAAGGGAUUGUUGUUAAGAGUAGAAAUGGUCGAGAGAUUGCUUCUUUCAGAGGUAUUCCUUACGCCCAACCACCUGUUGGUGAACUCAGAUUUGAGCCACCAAGGCCAUUCGACUCUUGGGCAGGUGUACGAUCAGCGCAGCAUGACGGCAAUGUAUGUCCUCAGCGUGAUUUUAUUUAUAAUCGAAAAAAUGUAAUCGGCGUUGAGGACUGUUUGUAUCUCAAUGUGUAUACUCCAAAAUCGUUCGGGAAUGACAACCAAAGCAAAAGUUACCCUGUCAUGAUUUGGUUGCACGGAGGAGCCUGGUCCAUGCAUUCGGCUCAUUCGUUGGUUUUUGGACCAGAGUUUCUCCUCGAUCAUGAAAUCGUUUUGGUUGCUUCUAAUUAUAGACUGGGGCCACUGGGCUUCCUGAGCACAGAAGAUUUCGUGUCUCCCGGAAAUCAAGGACUGAAAGAUCAGGCCCAAGCGAUCAGAUGGGUUCACGAAAAUAUAGCUGCUUUCGGUGGCGAUCCAAAUCGCGUUACAAUCUUUGGCGAAAGCGCUGGUGGAGCGAGUGUUCAUUAUCAUUUGAUCAGUCCUCUCUCUAAAGGUUUGAUUCAUCGAGCGAUUUCGCAAAGUGGCAAUGCUUGCUGUCCCUGGGCACUGUCUCUACCGGGAGUCGCCAGAAGCCACGCUGAUCGUCUCGGAAAACAUCUCAAUUGUCCGACCGAUGAUUCGAGAGUCCUUGUAGAGUGUUUAAAGAAGAAGGACCCUGCCGAUUUAGUAACCUCCGAUCAUAUUUACGAGGUGUUCGGUAGCUGCCCCUUAAUUCCAUUCAGACCUGUCGUCGAACCUGAUCAUCCAGGUGCGUUCCUUAAAGAAGAACCCGUGGAAUCGAUUAAAUCUGGAAAUGUAAUAGAUAUUCCUUGGAUGACUGGUAUAACUUCGGAGGAAGGUGCUUUGAAAGUUCCCGAUAUAUACGGAACGAAGGAUCAAGAUUACGUCAAACUACUGGAUGAAAAAUUCAUGGAACUCGCACCUAUAACCUUACUGUACGACCAUACCUGCUCUGAAAAAUUCAUGAAAAAUGUAACUGAAAGGAUUCGUCAAUUUUAUUUUGGUGAUGGAAAGAUUGACGAGUCUAAAAGAAUGGAUAUGGUCGAUAUGUACACGGACGCCUGGUUCUUUAUAGGAACUGAUAAUGCUGUUAGGGAUCACCUCAAAGCACUCAGUUCUCCAGUAUUUUAUUACUAUUUUACGUAUAAAGGAAGUUUUUCGUUGAGUGGGAUAUUUGGAGAUGCAGAAAAAGAUUAUGGAGUCGUUCACGGGGACGAGCUGCAAUAUUUGUUCCCUUUUAAAGGAGGACUUCUUCCAGAGGAAUCAAUGAAGGAAGAAGAUCGCAAAAUGGUGGAUGUGAUGACUCGUCUUUGGGUCAACUUUGCGACAUCAGGCAAUCCAACGCCGGAGAAAACCCCGGAAAUUCCAGUGAAGUGGACACCAGUAAGAACUUCCAAUCUCGAGUAUUUCCACAUUGGAGGGUCACAGCGUUUGAAAAUGGGUGCCAAUCUUCUUUCUGAAAGAGUCAAUUUUUGGUCCACCAUUCCAUAUCGUAGCAAAAUAGAAAGUGGUGCUUCUCGCACCAGAGAUGAAUUGUGAAAUUGUACACAAUUAAAAAUAGGAUAAUGAAAAGCAUUUUAUUUCGAUGGUUUUUUAUAAAAUUUUGGUCAGGAAUAAAUUCAAAUUUGCUAAAAA